GUAAUCGAAUGGCUAAACCUUCCCGAAUCCGAACGACCCACGCUCAUCCAUGUCUAUUUUGACGAACCAGAUAGUGCAGGACAUGAUGCUGGUCCUGAUGCUGAUGAGGUUCGCACAGCAGUGAUUUCGGUGGAUGAAACAAUAAAUAAUUUGACCAGGCGGCUGCUUGACGAAGGCUUAAUGGGCUGCAUCAAUUUGAUCCUUCUCUCUGGCCAUGGUAUGGAACGGAUAAAUUCAUCACGAAAUGUAGUCGCCAUGGACUAUCUGGGGGCAAAUUUCAGUGAUCUGUUUUUCGACGGUCCCGUUGCUAGAAUACAGCUCAACAGCACUGCUGCUGAAGAGCCUGAUGAAGAUACUAAGGAGGCUGUUGAUGGGAUAAUGGCCAUGAUGAGCUGCGAAAAAAAUGAGAACUACCUACUAUACAAGAAAAAUUUGGUACCGCUACGAUUUCACUAUGCAGGCUCACCACGGAUAGGUGAAGUUGUAAUCGCAGGACGUCCCGGUGCACGUAUUUUCUUAACGGAAGAACAAAAGAAUUCAUAUCAGUCAAAUGGCGAUCACGGAUUCGACAAUCGAUUCGAAAAUCUACUGCGAGUGAAUGCGUCACAGAACAACGGCACUAAUGGAGCGCUGUUCAACAUACUGCGCGAUCCACCGGAAUUGCUUGAAACUGCAACAUUUCAAAGCCCCCCGGAAUGUGAAGAAGUAAAGCAGGAAAUAAAUGAAAUUUAUAAAAACUGCUCAGAGAAAAUAGUAAGUUCGCUGAGUGCCACAACUUCAAUCGAAAGCGAGCUGUGUAUUAUAUACUUCUGCGAUGUAAUUGUACAUUUCCAUAACAGUCUGAAAAAAACGGUCAUCGUUGAAGGAAUUCUGCGGAAAGAGACAUGGGAUGUAACACCCAGCUUGUUGACGCAGCCACAAGCGUCGCUCCUUUGCACAUUGAGGCAGUACAAAUUUCCGUUCUUCAGCAAGCGUGGUAUUCCACAUCUCAUAUCCGAAUAA